AGUGACGUCAGUCAACAAUAAUGGUGGCUUACUUGGAUUUCGAAGUCUGUGUCACUCAAUAACGUCGUAUGUCACUGACUUUUUAAAAAUAUUAACAAACAGGAAGUGGAUUUUUUACUUCCUCCUUGAUAACAGACAUCUGUUGGAUAACACCAUAUAGAUUCCUGCAUAUUUGGCCAGCACCAACAUUACUACAACUAGUACAAACUAAUGCACUAGAUACUGAAUUGUUCAAGCACCAUGUCAGGGCGGUCUAAGUUGUUGAAGGUGGUACUACUUGGUGAUGGGGGUGUGGGCAAAAGUUCUUUGAUGAAUCGCUUUGUUAGUAACAAAUUUGACUCGCAGUCUUUUCACACAAUAGGAGUGGAAUUCCUCAAUAAAGAUGUAACAGUGGCUGGAGAAAACUACACAAUGCAGAUUUGGGACACAGCGGGUCAAGAGAGAUUUAAAUCCUUAAGAACUCCAUUCUAUCGAGGGGCAGACAUCUGCAUGUUGACAUACGCUGUGGAUGAUAGGAAAAGUUUUGAAAAUCUUCUAAUGUGGAAAAAGGAGUUCCUGUAUUACGCUGAUAUCCAGGAAGGGUCGCCGUUUCCUUUCGUAAUCAUAGGUAAUAAGGUGGACAUACCUGAACGUGAUGUAUCGGAGGAAGUGGCUAAAUCUUGGUGCAGUAGGAACGGAAACUUGCCAUACUUUGAAACCAGUGCAAAAGACUCAGUAAACGUUGAGCUAGCAUUUGUCUCGGCUGUGUCGCGGUUGCGUGAGCUAGAAGACCAGUUAGAAAUCAGACCACAGCCUACGAACUCUGUAGAUUUGCAUAAAAAGUCCAAAGCCUCUAACCAAGGAUGUUGUAGCUAAUUUAUUUCUUGCUGUUUUAUAUGAUGGAAUGUUAUAUGAUGUAAAAUAAAUGCCAGUCAACCUUUUGUUCAUGCGUCAUUUGUGAGCUUUUUAAUGACAUCACUGUGUUAGGAUGACUUUUCAGAAAAAUAUAAUUAUUUUAUUUAGUUUCAGUAAUUUGUUGUACUAUUUUGAAUAAUAACAAUUGCAGCUUUGGCUGUUUGGAUUGGUCAACCAACAUGUAGAUGUAGCUGAUUUUAAACAAGUUACAUGUGUUACUGUCAAAAUAUUGAAGUUUUAAAUGGUUGCUACAAAGUUGAAACUGGAUUUUUAAUUUAAUUUCCAAAAAUAGGAAGUUUUGGCAGGUUUUGUUUAUUUGCUGUAAGAUACAAGUUUGUGUGACUGUUACUUGAAUCAGUAAUUAUGCAGUGAUAGCUUAACUCUGUCUUUACAUAUUUUCAAUGAAGAUGUUUUACUUCGACUAUGUUAAACGCAAUCUUUCCAAAACUUUCUAAUAGAGUACAGGUUAAAAAAUAUACAAGUCCCAUAUUUUUUUCAACAAUUUCAUCCAUAAAAAUACACUAUUUUGAAUUUCAUUAACUUACAUACUUAAACUUGAUUCUUAUUUCCCUUUAGAACUAAAAAAACAGCUUUGGUUUGUUACUUUUAAACUAUAGCAAAAGAAAUGUAUAUUUUGUGCCGUUUUCUGUGUAAAAUUCUCUUUAAAAUAUUUGCUUGAUUGUAAGGCUAUAAUCUUUUACAAUCUUUUACAAGUUUAGACCCUAUAAGCUUCUUAUACAACAAAAAUGUUUGCAUCAUAAUCUUGUACUAUUAUCAACCAUAACUUGACAUUUAAAAUAUUAUGUAAAGACAAGGUAAAAAUUUGUUAUGAGAACUGAAAAAUAAUAGCCUAAUAAGACAAGCAAAAAAUGACUCAAUAAAAAAAAGUUUUACUGUAGCUGAUUAUCUGUCUUUGUCACUGAUUACUAAUUGAUAACUGAGUGAUAAAUCUUGAUAACUCCUGGUGUUAAAAGUUCCAAGAACUGGCAUGUUAAGAAUGUGAAUGAAGAAUCUGUUUCUACUUAAACCAAUUGCUUUUGUUGGCUUAAGGUGAUGUGAAUGUGCUUUGCUCUGGCUGACUAUAAAAAAAUUAAUUUAAAAAAACCAUUUUUUUUACUCUCACAUUUUAUUUGCUGUAAAAAUUUGUUUUGUUAGUUCUUUUUAUCUCACUUUUUAUUUGGUGUUAAUUUUUUUUUUCUUUUACAAAUGUUAACUGUGUGAAUUAAGUUUAAACUAUUCAAUAACCAUGUGAUCAUUGUUCUUAUAUCUACAGCUAUACAUCCCUGCAUUAUUAUAUUGUACAGCUAGUAUUGACAUACAUCUUAAACCUUUUUUCCUAUUGUGAAACAUCUUCAUAUUUUCAUUGUUACUUUUGUGCCGGGUUUUCUAGCACAAGUUGAAUUUUGUUUUUCAAAUUUAAUCCUGUCAUUUUAAUCUCAUUUUUGCUGUUUAUAUUCACAUUUAUUUUAAUCUUUUGCAAUGCUUUAAUCUAAGAUUGUUAUUCAUAUCAUACUCACCAGCAGAUAAUCAAGUAAUUAUUUAAACGAAAAUUGAAUGAAAUUUUGGCAACAUUAUAUUUAGAUGAAAACAUUAAUUACGAUGGCGCUUCAGGAGAUAGAACAUUUACUUCAGAGUCUUUGUGAUUUAGCUUGAUAUGCUUGUCACAUAUAAUCAAUAAUUUAAAAAACUGCUGAUAUCAUUAGCAUUUCACUUGUAUAUUCACAGAAUAGCAUCACAUUUUAUUGAAUUGUUCCAUGAUUAUUCUGUAAUUGUAAAAAAGAAAGUAAUUCUUAAAAUAUUGUCACUGGUAAUUUUUUUUAUUUAUUUCAGGAUCUAAAUUAUUAUACUUGCAAUCAUGUUUGUGAACUGUCAGAUUUUAAAAAGUAUGUUAUUUAGAUAUAUUCUGUUUUUAAAUGGUUAAAUGAAUUCCAUUUCUUUCUACUGAAUUAUUAUCUUUCAAUAUCAAGCUUAAAAAUAGUUAUGUUCUGAUAGAAAAUGAAGAAAUGAAUGUAACACUAAGUGAAUUUUAUUUGUCCCAAUGAGUCUUGUUUUAUUCCCCACUGCUUUCUUCAUUUGCCUUGAGCAUAACUGUUUAUGUGUUGUUGUUUUUAUUUUGCUGGGAUUUAAUUAGUUACGCAUUUCAGGUUUCUGGUUGAUAUAAUUCAAGAACAGUUUGUUUUAAAGUUUUGAAUACUUUUUUCAUUAUUUUGUAAGGCAGUUAAUUUUUUCUUUACAAAAUCAUUCACUGAUCACGGUUAUUUAUUGCUUGACGUAUCAAACAGCACUAAAUAUUUUGUUUUGGUGCUUUUUGAGCUGUCAUUGAUUUUAGCACAAGUUUUUUGCAUUUCACUGAUGACAGAAAUCAUACCAGUUGGACCAAAUUUUUCUUACUUUUGAUCAAAUUUUGUACAUGUUCUUUUAGUUCAAUUACAUAAAUUUAAAGCAUCCUCCGAAGUUGAAUCAAUACCCCAUACUAAUCAAAGGCCAAGGAAAUUGUGUGAGGUUUUUUUUUUCUCCAUCGUCUUUCAUGUGGUUAUAAACAAAAAGUGAAAAAAAGAUCUUUGUUGGAAAAUGUUGACUUCUGCUUCCUGUUUAUGUUUGUGUACUUGUGUCCAAUGAAAUGUUCAGGAUAUUAGAAUGUUUAGCUGUUAGGUAAAUUUUUUUUUUAGUUUAGAGAAUCAUUUAAUCUUAGGUGACCAAAUAAAAAUAAAAUGUAGCCCAAAUUUUCUGUAAAUAAUUUUAACAGAAAUGAUAACACUAGUUCACUUAGUUAUAUUUUAAAUAUCUUACUGGUUUGACCAAAAUUGGCAGGAAUUUUAUCUGGAUGAACUUUGCACUCUUUUUAAUCUUUACAUGUGGGUGGUUUAAAGCUUUUGUAUUGUUUACAGUAUCACAAUAAGUACAGUCAGAUAUUGAGAAUAAAUGUUCACAGCUAGUAGACUAGUCAUUGGUAUUACAUACAUGGUCAAUAGUUUAAUUUAUUUCAAAAGAUAGGUGUUCUAUGAGGUGGGGGGGUCUAAAAUCUAUUUUAUUAAAAGCUCUUAGGUUUGCAUUUUCCUGCAUCAUUUGUGUAGUAAAUAAGAAAAUAUUUUUGGAUAGCUUUCGGUGUUGAUCUCAUUGUGUUCAGCUGUACUGUUUUUUUAUGUACCAAGUACGUUUGGUUGCACAAGAAUUUUGUUUAUAGCAUGUUAAAAUGGCAAAGCAAGUACAAUGUAAUCAUGAAAUUAGGAUAUCGGUAAACCUAUAUGUAAUGCAUUAAACUUUGAAGUAUAAGUAAAAAUAUAUGCAUUUUGU